GCGGAGUGUUGGAAGAAUCUCGGCCGCGCGUCACUGGACGGAGGGAGGGGGCGGGACUCCAGACGCGGAGCUGGGGCCCCAGCUGCGCGAGGCCUGGAGACGUUCGAGCGGAGCCUGUGCUCCCCCUCCCCCUGCGUUUUUCUAAGGGCCUUCCUAGGACCCGCGCGUGUCCAUGGAAGGCGGAAACGGCUGCGGGGACCGUCUCCUUGCGAAGGGGUGUAGGACUCGCCGCCAUGUCUGGGGGCUUCGAGCUGCAGCCGCGGGACGGCGGCCCCCGGGUGGCCCUGGCGCCCGGGGAGACGGUGAUCGGCCGCGGGCCGCUGCUGGGAAUAACAGACAAGAGAGUGUCCAGAAGACAUGCCAUUCUUGAGGUGGUUGGUGGUCAGCUUCGAAUCAAACCGAUACACACAAAUCCAUGUUUUUAUCAGUCUUCCGAGAAGAGCCAGCUCUUACCCUUGAAGAGAAAUCUAUGGCGCUGGUUGAAUCCUGGAGACAGUUUUUCUUUGCUAGUUGACAAAUACAUUUUCUCUGUUUCCUCUACACCCUGUGAAGCAGAAAUGGAAUGUACUUUAAGAAAUAGUCAAAUGCUUGAUGAAGAUAAUAUACCGAAUGAAACACCAAAAUCUUUCUCCGUUCACUCGCCUGAUGAGACAACUGGUGCCCCACAGCUGGAAAGAAGUACAGAAAUAGCUAAGGCCCAAACUACUUCUGCAAAUAGUGAGUGUUUCCUAGGUGAAUGUAGAGACCAUAGUAAGCAACAGUCAAAUCCUGAGCAGAGGAGAAGAAUCCUUCCAGCAUGGAUGUUAACAGAAAAUCUCGGUGACCAAAACCUUUCAGCAACAAUCAGCAAGAGGGAUAAUAUAAUCCAGGAACAUGGAAAAGAAGAAAUCUGCAAAGAUAAAAUUCAAGUAAACGUAACACAGCCAGGAAGAAAGCGAUUAAUUUCAUCAGGAAGUUCAGACAGUACAUCAGCAGAACAAGAUACAGGGAAAAAAUGCAGAGAUGCUGAUCAAGAAAAGACUAUCACUUCAUCCAAGGCAAUGCCAAGGUCAUGUUCUGCAAUCACGUUAAGUAAUACAGAGGUGAAUGAUAUGAAGGCUAGUACACAGAGAAAUGAAAUCCCAAUAGAGGAACUUGGUAAGGUUCCUGAACAUAAAAGUAUUGUGAAAGAAACACAAAGUAAAGAAGGCGAGGUGAUGGGCUCUUCUGAGAGUCACUUGAGUGCCCAGGACAAGUCCUACCAAGAGGAGUCUCAAGGAUCUCCUUCUGAGUCCAGCUCUGAACUCUCCAAUCCUGAAACUUUGCAUGCAAAGGCAACUGACUCAGUUGCACAAGGUUCUGAAGAAAACAAGAUCAAGAGGACGUCCUGCAUGUAUGGGGCAAACUGCUACAGGAAGAAUCCUGUUCACUUUCAACACUUCAGUCACCCUGGUGAUAGUGAUUAUGGAGGUGUCCAAGUCAUGUAUCAAGAUGAGGCUGAUGACCGGCCUGAAUGUCCCUAUGGAGCAUCUUGUUACAGGAAGAAUCCCCAGCACAAGAUAGAAUACAGACAUAGUGCAGUUUCAGUGAGAAGCGUAGCAGAUGAAGACAGUGAUAAUGUUGGGCAACCCAAUGAGUAUGACCUCAAUGACAGCUUUCUCGAUGAUGAGGAAGAAGAAUAUGAGCCGACGGAUGAAGAUUCUGACUGGGAACCAGGACAGGAAGACCAAGAGAAGGAGGAUGUGGAAGAGCUUUUGAAGGAAGCAAAAAAGUUUAUGAAAAGGAGAAAGUAACUUUUUUCUGCAGUAAUAUAUGGCUCACAUUUAUUCUUUAUGGAAAAAAUUCGGGUACUAACGAGGCACUUAUAUGAUAAUUGGUUUUUCUUCUUUUUAUAGUUGUGACUUUGCUAUUGACUCUUUGCAGAUGAAACAUUGACAUGCCAGCCCUUGAUGCAGUAGAUGGAAUUUGUUUUGUUGUCUUGCUUUUUCUCUCCUAUUUAAAGCAUCUGGAAAUAGGAAGCAGACAGAGAGUUAAAGAGAAAUAAUUGAUACUUUUCAUGUACUUUGUGUUGGGAAUAAAAAGUAAAAGCCAUAGGUUGCACAAAA